AUGAACCACAGUAGGGCUUACGUGUAUUUCACGGAGGGGGGUCCGCAGUAUCUGCUGCCGCUUGCUCCUAGUAUGUCAGCGGGAUCGCAUCUAAUUACAGCCUCGCAAGCUGUUCCAUUUUUUAUCUUGGCAAUGCAGGAUGCCGCCGCGCUACAACACCAAAAUUCCGCCUUUCUUCCAACAAAGGGGGGCGCCGGGGCACCUAUCAUAUCCGCUCACACAAACUACGUGUUGCCCUGGACCCAGGCGCAGCAGCCGUUUGGAACACCAUUUCUCUGUCUUGGGCUACAUGACAGUGCUGCUUCGCCUGCCCCUAUCCUCGCCGAUACGAUUUUACGCCACACCCAAGCAACCCACCACUCUUUUACAAUGAAGGAGGGGGCAAACCCCACAUGCUCAGAAACAAGGAAGUUUGCGGUAGCAAGAAAUGGGGAUAUGGAAGAUGGUGUAAACAGCUUUGAAGAAAUAUUAAGUGUUCGGAACUUUACCUCUCCAGUUGGAUCCGUUCUGGUGCGCGGGCGGAGGAUGAGUAUGAAGGUUCCGCCUCUUGCCAGACGUCGCCCACCGCCCUGCCGAAGUCUGCCAGGAGCGUCCUCCUUUCUAAUGAAGUAG